AUGGUUCUAGAGGCUACCGUGCUUGUUAUUGAUAAUUCCGAGUGGGCGCGCAACGGCGACUACACGCCCAACCGCUUCCAGGCGCAAAUUGACUCCGUGCACUACCUGUUCAACGUCAAGACGAACGACAAUCCUGAAAACACAGUAGGAGUAAUUGCCAAUGCCGGCGACAGUCCCGAUGUGCGCGUGUCGCUGACUGGCGAUUUGGGUGUAUUGCUCAAGGGUCUGCACGGAUUGGGAAUUCGCGGCGAGUCGCACUUUGACACAGGAAUCCAGAUUGCACAGCUUGUUCUGAAGCACCGCGCGAACAAGUACCAGAGGCAGAGAAUCAUUGCAUUUGUCACCAGCCCCAUCGACGCCGACGAGAGGUCAUUGGUGAAGCUAGGCAAGAAGCUGAAGAAGAAUGGUGUUUCGAUCGACAUUGUCAACUUUGGCGAGCAAGCGAUGAACGAGCAGAAGUUGUCUGCCUUUGUCGAGGCCGCAAACAGCAACGACACAUCUCACCUGGUGACGAUUCCGCCAGGCCCCCACGUGUUGAGCGAGCAAAUCCGUGCUUCCGAAAUUGUCGGCGGUGGCGGUGCCGGCGCUGGAGGCGAGGGCGGUGAGUUUGACUUUGGCGUCGAUGCCGAUAUGGAUCCGGAGCUGGCAUUGGCACUGCGCAUGUCGCUGCAGGAAGAGGAGGAGCGGCAGCGCAGGGAGACGGCGGCCCAGGGUGGAGCCACUGCGAGUGGUUCUGGAAGUGGCGGCGCUAUUCAGACUGGUGACAACGAUAAUGAUGCCACUAUGGAGGAGGAUCUUGACGAGGACGAACAGAUCAAACGCGCGAUCCAGAUGUCUCUGAUGGAGAGCGAGGGCGGUGAUGACGAGAAUGAUGACCUGGUUGCGUCGCUGAUUGGGUCGCUCCCGGGCGUCGAUCCCAACGACCCCGAUUUGCAGAGCGCCCUGGGCUCGGACCCGUCAAAGAAAAGCGGCAAUGGUUCCAAUAAAAGGAUGGGUCUGAGGACAAUAUCUGUGGACGAGACAAAGCUCAAGGACUUUUCGCACCAGGUUGCCGGACAUGGCGGCAUGCUGCACACCGAGGGUAACAAGAUGCUUAUCAAGCCAAUGGUCGAGCGCGAGUUAAAGUUUUAUGAGCAGGCUGCCAACAACCCACUGAUCAAGCCGUUCCUCCCCGAAUUCUUCGGGAUGCUCCAGCUAUCCCAGGGAUUUAGCGAAAAGGCAGAACAAAGUGCCUCUUUUCCCAUUAACCCGCACGACAAGGAGACGCGGGCAGAGGACACGUACAUCUGCCUCGAGAACCUCGUGUGCCACUUUGAAAAUGUUUGCAUUGUGGACAUAAAGCUCGGGACGCAGCUGUACGAUCUGGACGCGACUCCCGAGAAGCGCGCGCGCAUGGAGGCCAAGGCCAUGGUGCGGACGACCAGCCUGAUUGGUGCGUCUGUCUCGGGUCUCUCCAUCCCGGGUAUGUCCGCGUUUGAUCGCAAGGAACUGAACAAACUGACCCUGGAGACUAUGAAGACCGAGGCCCUAAUCCCAUUUUUUGCCGUUGCCAAGACCGCGGUCAGUGCCGAGUACCGCAAGUUUAUCAUUCGGCAGUUUAUCACCGAGCUCGAGGAGUACCGCGAGCGGGGUGGCUCUGAGGAUGGCGGAGAGGACAUUGAGGAUAGUGGCGCGCUGCUCGAUAUGAGAGCCAUUGACUUUGCGCACGGGCACUGGGUUCCUGGCCAGGGACCAGAUGAAAAGUACCUCUUUGGUCUGGACAAUCUAAUCAGCAUUCUGCGUGAAAUUCUUGCACUGUGA